AUGCCCCCUCUAAAGAUCGAGACUGGUCACCCGGAUGUGAUCCAUGAUGUGGCCAUGGAUUUCUAUGGGAAGCGUCUGGCCACUUCAUCGUCCGAUAGAACCAUCAAGAUCAUCGGCGUGAGCGGCAGCUCCCACCAGCAGCUGGCCACCUUGAGCGGCCACGAGGGCCCCAUCUGGCAGGUCGCGUGGGCCCACCCCAAGUUCGGGUCCCUCCUCGCCUCCUGCAGCUACGAUGGUCGAGUGAUCCUGUGGAAGGAAGGGAGCAGCCCGAGUGAGUGGGCCGAGGCCCAUGUCUUCACUGAGCACAAGGCAUCAGUGAAUUCAAUUGCAUGGGCUCCAAACGAGCUUGGCCUCAUGCUGGCCUGUGGGUCCUCUGAUGGGAGCAUCUCGGUCUUCUCGGCAAGAUCGGACGGUGGCUGGGACACCAUGAGGAUCGAGCAGGCCCACCCAAUUGGAGUCACCUCGGUUUCAUGGGCACCCUCCACGGCACCUGGUUCGCUUGUUGGCUCUGGGAUGUUGGACCCAGUUCAGAAGCUGGCAUCUGGAGGCUGCGACAACACGGUGAAGGUGUGGAAGCUCUAUAAUGGGAGCUGGAAAAUGGACUGCUUCCCCGCUCUGCAGAUGCACUCAAACUGGGUCCGGGAUGUGGCGUGGGCCCCGAACCUGGGCCUCCCCAAGUCAACCAUCGCCAGUGCCUCAGAGGAUGGGACGGUGGUCAUCUGGACGGUGGCAAAGGAGGGCGAUCACUGGGAGGGCAGGAUCUUGAACGACUUCAGGACCCCUGUUUGGAAGGUCUCCUGGUCCCUGACUGGAAACCUUCUGGCCGUCGUUGAUGGUAACAACAACAUCACGUUGUGGAGAGAAGUUGCGGAUGGAGAGUGGCAGCAAGUGACGGCCGUUGAACCAUAG